AGCAAGGGCUUCUGCCCUGACGUUAUAUAAAAUUGUUUCCGAUGGGUUUUCUUCUUACCCUUCUCAAUAAUUCUAUAAUUCUAGGGCUCCGGCCGCUGAAGUGUCCGUCGUGCAUUCCGGCGAGCGGCAAGCAGAAGCAGCCGAUGGUCCGCUACUUAGGGCUGUAACUGACGGCGCUGGGCACCGGCGGCCUGAAGUCGAGCGUCUCCGGCUUCAGUUCCGAUCAGUUCGACGAGACCGACGGGGGCGAGAGGAAGAAAAUGGUGAAAUUCUUUCAGUGGUUCUUCUUCUUUAUCAACAUCGGGCACUCGGCCGGGAAUGGGGCUACGGAAUCUGCGCCUGCGCCAUUGUCGUCGGCCGGACGGCGUUCCUUGUCGAAGCUCCCUUGAGAAUUGACCUCCAUUCUUACACUAUUGCGUGUUCAUCUUUAUUUUCCUGAGAAAAUUAGCUUCGAGCGGGAGAGAGAAGCCAUCGAUUUGGACGCCACUGCGGUUGCUCUUAAGAAUGAAAAAGAGAUGGAGAGAAAAAGGGAAGAAACCUCUGUUCCGCUUUGCCCUGUCUUUUUAUAUAAUAUAAGAAUAAAAUAAUAAUAAAAUUUCUAUUGUUUCUGUCAAUCAAAUGAACUAUCACCAUUUUAAUAGUCUCUCCCCUCCCCUGGCUUGAACCAAACAUACCCUAAGAUCUUUCGGCAGAAGAGUUUCCCGAUCCAGUGGAAUAUUGGAGGCAGAUAAUUCAAGAAUUCUGAUAUUGAAUCUGUGAUUCAUUUUUUAGUUUCUACAAAUUGAUCUCAACAUUUGCUGUUCACGAAUCUCAAUCUCGCAGGCGAAUUGGUAAAUGACGGUGAGGACGGGGGUUUUGAAGGCGGCGCUGGGGCUGAUGGCGACGUGCCUGGCGGCGUACAUAGUUGGUCCGCCGCUGUAUUGGCAUUUGAUUGAAGCUUUCGGAUCCACUGGUUGUCCGCCUUGUGACUGUGACUGUGAUUCGUUGCCUGAUCUUCUCUCCAUUCCCCAAGGAGUUAAUAAUGGUUCCAUUACAGAUUGUGCUAAGCACAACCCGGACGAGAACAAGGAUGCGCAGAAGAAAUUAGCAGAAUUGUUGUCCGAGGAGCUAAAACAGCGAACAGCCGAGGCUUUGGAGAAGCAGCAGCGCGCAAACAAGGCGCUGCUCGAGGCCAAGAAGAUGGCAUCCCAAUACCAGAAAGAGGCAGACAAAUGCAAUUCUGGAAUGGAGACUUGUGAGGAGGCAAGGGAGAAGUCGGAAGCCAAUUUGUUAUCCCAGAAACAGUUAACAGUUUUGUGGGAGCAAAGGGCUCGACAAAAGGGCUGGAACGACGGCAAUGCCAGGUCUCAGGGCAAUGCUCAGGCCAUCUAACAAGCAACCAAUCUUCCUCUAGAUUCAAGUUUGAAGGUACUAAUACCUCACCCCCCCUCAUUCAAUUAAUUUUUUUCUAAUCCUUUUAAAAGUUUUUGAUAAAAAUUUCUGUCCUAAGAGUGACAUAUAAUAUACCAUCUUAUGGGGAGCCAAUGAGUGCUUGAGCUUCCAGCAUUGAUUAAGAAUCCUUGUCCCUGAUGCAACUCUGGAAUUCUUGUCCAUUGGGUUGUGGGUAUUUUGUAUUGGGCCUUUUAUUUACUUUAUGAAUUAUAUAUAUCUUGUGGGUUGAUGGUGA